GGUCGCAGUGUAGACGCUACAGGGGCUGAGCCACAGGCUGGGAGCCUGGCCAGGACGCGCGCACCAUGCCGUAUCUGCUCAUCAGCACUCAGAUCCGCACGGAGGUGGGCCCCACCAUGGUGGGAGAUGAGUACUCGGAUCCAGAGCUAAUGCAGCAUCUGGGAGCCUCCAAGCGAUGUGCCCUUGGCAACAACUUCUCCGAGUACUACGUCAAUGACCCUCCUCGCAUCGUCCUGGACAAGCUGGAACGCAGGGGCUUCCGGGUGCUGAGCAUGACUGGGGUGGGCCAGACACUGGUGUGGUGCCUGCACAAGGAGUGACCCCUUCCUCAAAGGGGCUGCCUUGUCCCCAGUCCCCCAGCAGUUCCCCAGCCACUGCCUUCCUCCAGCCCGAGGGUAGGAGCCCCUUCCUCCUCAGCUCACAGCUACCCUGCAGCUCAGGCCGCACAUUGCCUUCUGGGAGCAGAUGUGCUCUAUGAGCUGGCUGCCCCCAUCCAUGCUGGGCAUCCCAGGCCUCCGUCCUUAACAAUAAAAGGCUCUGCAGAGUGGUCCUCCUCUGCUGUGCUGGGGCAGUGCCUCCAGGAGGCAGAAGCGCGGGGCAGGGAAGAGGGGGGACUGUCUUGCCCAGGGAGGCAGCUGGGGCCACCCUACACUGGGCACCUAUUAGAAGGAGACUCUUUAACAAACAGAAGUUUAUUGCAGGGGCUUCAGGAAAGGGCUGUGGGUUAGGGGUCCUGAGUGGAAGCUACGUUGGCGGUCCUUCU